ACCAUUUUAGGGUUGUAAAACACAUAUCGAUAUCUGGCCAUAGUUGAAUAAAAUAUGCAGUUCAGCUAACUUUUGUGCAACCUUGUUCGUUUAUCGCAGCGAAUAAAAAUAUAAUUAGGAAAAAUAUAUUUAUCUGACGUUAAACAACUUAAGCGCCGUCGCUAUUGCUCGUUUUUUUGCCCAAAAAAGCCAGCCAGUGAGAAGCGCAGAAAUAGGAGGCGAGGCGACCAUUGAACGAAAGCAAAAAUUCGCAAAAUUCAAGCAACGAGUGCGAGUGAAAAAGUGCAAAGGCAGAAGAAGAAGGAGGAGGUAAAGCAGAGGCAAAGUAGAAAACGACUAGCCACAAAGCACGAAAGGCUAACCCCCAAACAAAAAGAAGUGCGUGAAUAUUUAGAAAAAUUAACGCCCGACCGCCAUUAGUGUUUUUGUUAUCGUCGUCGUCGUCAACGUUUUAUUUGUUGUUACUCGGAAAAGGUGUUGAAUGCUGGCUCCGGGAAAGGCGAAGAAGAUCGGGCGACAACUCCUUCAUUAAAGCGAGCAUAUUGUCGACAUCGUACCCGUUCCCCGUCUCCAUUUCUUCCUUGUAUCUGUUGUGCAUCGUGACGUCGCCAAGCGAAAUUCAGAUUCAGCCACCCAGCCAAAGCCAGCGAGAAGAGAUACAAAGCAAAGAGCCAAUAGACAGAAGCAGCAACAGAAAUCAGAAGUAUUUAAACAAAAAAAAAAGAAGAGAGAAAAAAAACAACAGAAAAAGUAGACGCAACCGAAGAAGAAACGCAUAAAAAUAAAAUUUAAAUCAGAAAUAAGUUCAACUGAAAGCAGAGCUCCCCGUGCGUUCGUCGACUUUUGGUGCUGGCAAUUGGCAAUUGGCAAUUGGCUUGCCCAUCUUCUAUUAUGAACAACAAUAGCAAGCGGAAAAGUCGACCUAGUGGCGGAGGCGGUGGCGGUGCCAGCGGCGGCAUCUCAAGAUACAACGCCAACGACAACAGUUUACGGCAAGCGAACAACAAGGCGGGCGGCGUCGGUAGCGGCAGUGGCGGCGGCGGAGUUGGACGUUCGCUGGCGCAGGGCGUCUAUAACAACACCUUUUUCAUGCACUCGGCAACGGCGCUGGUCGGCAGCGUUGUGGAGGUUCGCCUGCGUUCGGGUAAUAUUUAUGAGGGCGUAUUCCGUACAUUUUCGGGCAAUUUUGACAUCGCACUGGAGCUGCCGGCGUGCAUUAAAGCAAAAAAUCAGCCCGAUGAGGGCAAAACAGUUCCCAAACACAUCAUAUUCCCGGCGGACACCGUGGUAACCGUAAUAGCUAAGGAUUUCGAUUCGCAAUACGCGACUACGGGCGCAUUUAAGACCGACGGCGCCAUAUCCGACAAGUGCAACGGCACACGCUUCGACGAAAAGGAGCUUGAGCCAUGGGACUCUGGUGCCAAUGGCGACAUUGAAAUUGAAUUGGAUGGCGCCGCCAAUGGCUGGGAUGCAAAUGAGAUGUUCCGCAAGAAUGAGAAUCAGUUUGGUGUCACGUCAACCUUCGAUGAUUCGCUGUCAUCGUACACGGUUCCCCUGGAUAAGGGCGAUUCGUUAGAGUUCAAGGAGGCCGAGGCCAAGGCUGAGAAAUUGGCGGCAGAGAUUGAGAACAAUCCCACAUGCCGGGAGCGUUUGGAUUUAGAAAAUGGUGAUGAAGAAACUCUUUUCGCUGCCGUCGAAAGACCAGCGCCAGAUCAUGAACAAGAGCGCGAGCGUGAGCGCAUCGAACGGGAGAGGGAGCGCGAACGGGAGCGUGAAGAACGCGAACGUGAGCGGGAACGUGAACGAGAUCGCGGCAAUAAGCCACGUGGUGGCGGCCCAGGUGACUACCAGCUGCGUGAGACAAUGAGCAGCGAUCGUUACAUCACCAAACAGACGCGCAGCAACAAUGGGCCGCCUGGAUCGCAUGCUGUCAUGUCCUCGCAAUCUUCAACAGUGACCGGAUCACGCGAUCGUGAUAAUCGCGAUUCGGUUAUGAUGGGUCAGCAGGGCAUGGGCCAGGGCGGAGCAACACAAUCGCAAGCAGUGCUUAUACUGGCUGGCAGUUUGAAAAAUCCGGGCCCAUCCUCGGCGUCAGGUAAUCCAUCAGAUACGGCAGCCGGCAGCAAAUAUGGCGGUGGGGGCUCGAUGAUAAAACGCAAUAAGCCUGUGACGCAAGGCGGCAAAAUAUUGCGCGGCAAUCCGCCCAACAACGUCGGCGCCGGCAACACAUCAAAUGUGCCACAAGGCAAUAACACCAACAAUGUGGGCAACAAGAGUGGUGGCUCAUCAAUGGGCAUACAGAAUCAGUUCUCCUACCAGAGCAACUCACAGGUUAUACACGGCUCCAAUCAAUACCGCAACCAAGGGCAUAUAAGCGGUGCGUCCAAAUUGAACGGCGGCGAAUCUGGCUCCAAUACGGGCAAGCCGUUGCCUCAGCGCCAGAUGCGCCAGUACCAGGGCUCUCAGAGCAGCUCCUCGCUCAAUUAUGGCGGUGAUACGCAACCGCUGGGUAAGCCCAUGCACGGUGGCCAUGUUCAUGGUGGCCACAACAGUAACUCGCCGCCACUGCAGACUGGUGGCCAGCAGCAGCAGCAGCAGCAGCCGCCGCCGCAACAACAGCAACAACCACAACAGCAACAGGCACAGCAACAGCACCAGAGUCAGCCGCAACAGCAACGUCAAGUACGCUCGCGCGAUAAUCAAACUCAGGAUCUGCGUCAGUUUGGUCAGAACUUUCAUCUGGUUAGCAACAAUUCGCCGCCGCAGCAACAACAACAGCAGCAUAAUCUGCAACGUGGUGGCUUGCAGCAAUCGGUAUCACCGCCGCAGCAGCAACAACAACAACAACAGUCGCAAAUGGUCAUGCAGCAUGUGCAUGUUCCACCGCUUCAUCACCAGCAGCUGCCACCACAACAACACUAUGUUUCUCAGCAGCAGCAGCAGCCGCCACCACAACAGCAACAUGCUCAACACAUGCAACAAAAGGCGCCACCGUCGCAGCAGCAGCAGCAACUGGUUGCUGACAGUCAGCACCAGCAUGUGUCCAAGCAGCAACAGCAUCAGGGGCAGCCUCAGACACAGCCCACACAACAGCAACAACAGCAGCAGCAGCAACAGCAGCAACAACAACAGCAGCAGCAGCAACAACAACAGCAGCAACAGCAGCCGGUGCAGCUGGUCCAGGAGCCAAGCCAGCCACCGCAACCUAUAUAUCAAGUUAUGACGGUGGUGCCUCCUUCUAGCAUACAACAGCCGCAAACUUCGCCCGUGGUGAUAACCUCGCCAGCUAUAAUGGAACAGCAAGCGCCUCCGCCCUUACAGGCCACUCCAAAGCCGGACGCAUCGCCAGCACCCAAUAUUGGUGUGGGGGCUAGUAGCAGCAGUAGCAGCACCACGCCCACGGGUAUUGCCAACACGCCCACAACGGCCACCACUGGUGGUACCGGCACUGGGUCAGAUAAGUCCACACCAGUGGCCAGUGCUACAAGCAGCGCCACGGCCACAGCCGCUGGCGGCACAGGCAGCAGCACCACUACCAGCGGCGCCACGCCUGUGGUAAAGAAACCACAUGUGCUGAAUCCAUCAGCCAAGCCAUUUACGCCGCGCGGUCCCAGUACACCCAAUCCAUCGCGGCCACAUACGCCACAAACUCCGGUGCCCAUGCAGACAAUCUUCACGACCACGGGCGCCCAUAUGGCGGCGGCCAACCAACCGAUCUACAUGGUGCAGCAGCCGCAUGCAUUCCAAGCACCGACACAUCCAGGCGGGCAGGCGCCGCGCAUGCGUCGUAAUAACUAUGGUCAAUUGGGUGGAUCACAAAUGCAUGUGUCAGCCACAGCGGCAACAGGACAGCCAUUGAUGGCCACGGCACCGUUACCACAAUUCAUUCAAUACCAGCAUACACCGCAUCCACCACAUUUCCAACCGCAAUAUGGCCCGAUGCCGAUGCGCGUGUAUCCAGAGCAGCCGCAACAGUUACAGUUCUUGGCACAGACGACGCCAUCGACGACGCCAUCACCGGGUCAGCCGCAUCAGGCUUUCCAUCCGCCACCACAGCCCUCCCCUGCCGGCGGGGGACCUCAGCCCACAUUCACAACCCAAGGACAACCACAGGCGGCAUACCACCUGAUGUGCGUACAUCCCCCGCAGAUCAUGCCCAGUCCCUACUUCCAGACGUCAACGCCGCAGCAUCCGCCGCAAAAUCAACAGUUUCAGAUUGUAAUGCAGCAGCAUACCACGCAGUAAGCUGUACGUUCUCGAUGGAAACAUUUGCGGCUGACGUCACAGUGGAACCCACAUCAACAGCGUCAAAAUCUCAUAGCCCCUUUCCGCCCCACGCCCUACAUGCACAGCAACACACCACACUCAGAUAUACACACACACACAAACACAAACAUACACAGACACACACACACGCACACACACAUGCGCAUAGAAACCAUCUCUGCAUCGCCAUCAACAACCACACUGAUGAUUCUUGGGCAUUGCCUGGACAGAUUGAGCUCCGAUCAGUUGUAUUCACCUCGCCAAGCCAUUCGUAAUGUCUAUUAUCAGGUGCGAUAAUGCGCUUCAUCCUGCAUCCAGCAUACAUCAUACUUAUACACAUCGCAAGAGAAACACCAACACAAACAACUAGGAAAUUAUAAAAUAUAAUUAACAAAAACAAAAAAAAGGAAGGGAAACUAGUGAAUUUAUCUAAAGCGCUCGAAAGCCAAAAAAAAAAAAUGAAUAUAUAUAUAUAUAUAUUUAUAUAUGUAUAUAUAUAUAUAUAUAUUUGUCAUUGAAUCAGCAAGAAGAACGUUGAUUUCAGAACAUCUCCAAAGUUGUUAUCCGAUGGCAUUACUGAUUUCUGUAUAUCCAAUCUCUAAUGACUUGUUUUGUGUAUCGAGUUGCCUGUACCGUGUCCCGAAAAUCAAACAAACCCCAAUUGAUUGAAAUUGUGCUGUAAAACAAAAAGAAAGAAUCAAAUCAAAAAAUUGAACUGAAGGAAAACACGUGAAGCCCAAUUAAAAAAGAAAAAACCAA